GAGACACGUUCGGCUCAGCAGGCCAGAUUUUAAAAUAACGUUACUUACAGGGAGGAAUUUUUACUCGGAUACCUCUUCGGGGGUGUCCGAAGGCCUGCCUGUGCUGCUGUGUGGGGGCAGGAGUGGUUCGCAAACGCUGUUUUCACCUGUGAUGCUGCAGAACCAGGUUUUAGAUGCUUGUACCUUCAUAUUUUUCCUGCCGCGCUGCACGCAGCAUACACCGACCCAGCGCUGCAGCAGGAGCAGGAGAAUAGUUAGACCCCCGUGGCUUUGACAGGCUGGUAAUGAUUGCUGUGGUCAGUCUCUGCCCCUGGUUACCGACCGUAUAGCAUAGCAGGAAUCGGUGCAUCCCGUUUCACCGAACUUCACCCUGAAACAGCAGGUCCUGAGCAGAAAUGGGGAGGAUUGUCCUCUGCUGACGGGAUAACAGGAGCGGCGACAAAUGCUGCGGGAGUAGGGCAGGUGCUCAGGAACAACAGGCUGCGGUACGGCCCCUUCUAGAGAAAACAGCAGAGCAAACAGCAUAAUUUCUGAGAAGCAAAAAGAGAGUUGGGAAAAGAUUACAGUACUUCUUUUUUUAAGACAACUUAGAUUUUUAUCUCUGAGUUUAGAUGUGUUAACACAGGCUACUCUGGAAGAUAAGCCCUUCAUUUCCGCGAAUCUGGCUGCUUUUUUGACAGUGGUUCUCAUUUUUGUUGCUUUUAAUAUAAAAAGAGCAUUCCUUCUCAAAUAAUGGACUUAACUGGUAGUACGUUUAUAAUAUUUAUGAGUUUUCAAGAAAACGUAUUUAAAAUCCACAGAUGUAAAUCUGUUCUUACAUGCUGGUUGACCAUGCUAUACCUGCAGGAAGAUUUAAGGAUCAGACAGACUGAUAAAGGUUCCAGAUGUUCAGUAGAAGGCAAUGACACAUUUUAGUGACUAAACUGCUCUUUAAAGUCUGAUGUCUUCUCUUUGGGUUUCUGUGGGGGUUUUUUCCUUGAAUAAGAAUAGAGUGGUUUGGUUUUUUUUUUUCAAAGAACAGGUCUUUUUUGGCCAGCUUUCCUGGCUGAUGGCCUCCUGAGUUGAUUGCAAUUCAGGAGUAAAGCAGAGUGUAGUUUUUCAGUGUGAUGUUAGUACAGAAGUGCAGAGAAUAGGAUUUAAAUUAACUUGCAGUAAGGACUUUAAAAAAACCCCAGCAGUUUCUUCAUCUACAGUAGUCUUUGUGAUAUUGAGUAUGGAUUUUGCUCUUUUAAAAAAAAUUUUACAAGCGGAUUUUUAUAGAAGCGUAGUUAAAAGAGCUGUGUUUACCCCCAGUUGCUAUUGCCAGUCUGUUAAGUGUGGCUAGAUGCUAGUGUCAGAGAAGGGGGCUGUAAACUGGUUGAAGAACCCAAAACCUCAGGCCAGGUCAGGCGGCAACACUUGAGACCAAGCCUCAUAUCCUCCAUCUUCUGAAAACAAAAUUAUACUGAGGCUUCCCAUGUGAAAUCCUUUCCCAUUUGCAUCUAAUGAACUUUUUCCCCUCUUGUUUUCUUUUAAGUCAUGUCCCGCGUGCCGGUUCCCGUAGAGGCGGGAGAUGGUGCUAUGUACGCACCUCUCCUAACGCGCGAUGAGCAGGUGGAUGUGCUGGAGCGCCUUGACUUUGUGUUGAGAAACAUUUCAGAGCUAAGAAAAGAAGUGGAGGAGCUACGGAGCAGCCUGCAGCACUUAGCUGCAGAAAUCAUUGCUGAUGUCAGGUCCCAUCUGGAAGAAACCCAGAAGGUAACUCGCCGGAGGCGGUUCCCGUUUCCUAGGGAAAGAAGUGAUUCCACAGGCUCCAGUUCAAUUUAUUUCACAGCCAGCUCAGGAACAGCCAAUACGGAUGAUGGAGAAAGUGAAGGAGGGUACACUACAGCCAAUGCUGAGUCUGAUUACGACCGGGAGUCCGAGAGAGAGAGCGAAGAAGGAGAAGAUGAAGUGAGCUGUGAAACAGUGAGAACUGCGCGACGGGAUUCCCUGGAUCUCGUCAACGAGGAUGAAGCGCCUUUAAUCUUAGAUUCCUCGCUAGAGGAAGAACUGGGUCAGCUACUGCAGCAGGCUGACCGCUUGCACAAUGGGGAUGAGCAGGAGAAGAGAGAGGGAUUCCAGCUGCUGCUGAAUAAUAAACUGGCGUAUGCAGACCAGAAAGACUUUCUUUGGCGCCUGGCCCGAGCACAUAGUGAUAUGUGUGAAAUCACAGAAGACGCAGAUGAGAAGAGAUCAUACGCAUCUGAUGGGAAAGAAGAGAUAGAAAUUGCCUUACAGAAAUGGGAUCAAAGUGCUGAGUGCCAUCAAUGGUAUGCUAUUCUUUGUGGGCAGUUAUCAGAACAUGAGAGUAUUCAGAAGCGCAUUCAAACUGGAUAUGUUUUUAAGGAACACAUUGAUAAAGCAAUUGAACUGAAACCAGAGGAUCCACAGUCUUACUAUCUUUUGGGCAGGUGGUGUUACCAGGUUUCCCACCUGGGAUGGCUGGAAAAAAAGACUGCUUCUGCUUUGUUUGAAGCCCCUCCUACAGCCACUGUACAGGAUGCACUGCAAAACUUCUUACGGGUUGAGGAACUGAGCCCAGGAUUUUCCAAAGCAGGAAGAGUAUACAUUGCCAAGUGUUACAGGGACCUGGGGAACAACUCUGCAGCUGUUCUCUGGAUGAAUCUUGCUUCAGAGCUGCCAGCUAAUACAAAAGAGGUAGCAGUCUCAGAUGCAGAAAGCGAGAGAGAACUUGAAGAGAUGCGGUCAGCCUGGGAAGAAUAAAUAUGUAAAGGCUUAUUCCACUUGAUACUGCACAGACAGUAAAAUUCCAGUUAAACGGGUUUCAUGAUCCUGACCACUUUGAUUGAUUGCACUUCAUGGAUAAGCCACAAGAGUUUACAGGAAAAAACACGCAGCGGUCUCAUCAGCAUGUCCAGGAAAAAUGCUUGGUGGGAUUUAAUCGGAUAAAAUUUUGUAUUAUUUUCCUUCUUACAGCACUGCAUCUGUUUGAUUUUAAAAUUCCUAAAAAAUGUAAAAUUCCUAAAAACAGGGGACAGGGGUGUAUAGGUAGAAUUUGUGAUAUAAAAAUAUUUGUGAUUAUGUAUAUAUCAUAGAUAUAUGUGAGAUACAUACUUUGUGAUAUAAAAAUAUGGACACAAAUAUAUACAUAUUUAUAUGUACACAUACCUAUUUUAUGUCACAGACUCUACCUAUCUAACAACCUGAACUUCAGGCCUGCGUGCUGGUGAGCUCUCUCAACUGAUUCCUGAGGAAGUCUUCAGCCAAAAUUUUUUUCCAAUUAACUGUUUUCUCUUUUCCUUAUUAAUAAGUAUUAAUUGAAUCAGUUGAAAUAAUAACUGAUUGCAUGCCUUUCAUAGAUGUUUAGGUGAGGUAAAAUUUCAAGCCACUGUGCUUGGCGGUCAGUGUGCCGCUGAUUUUUACCAGCGUGACGCGCUGGAGGCAGCGGGAUGUUCUCCCUGCCCUCAGCCCAGUGAUUCAAAUGGGCACUGACACUGUGACCUAAGAAAAGGCAAUUACAAAAAAAAGAUGACAACAAUGACUUAAAAUGAGCGAGUUGUCAGCCCUUUCUUCCUUGCUGUGAAGAAAUGGAUGGUGGUGGCCAAAACAUACUCUUGUUGGUCCUUCCCAACUACGCCUAAACUACCUUACUGGUUUUCCACUGGGGGGAAACCAGCACCGCUCACUGUGGUGGGUUAUUACCAGGGGACCAACAGAUUUCCUUCACAAUACAAACUUUAUUUUUAAGAGGUGCACUGCUUUUGUCAGAGAAGCGAGUAAUAAGAUUUUAAGACUUCCUCCUUCACUCACACAAGAUUGAAAACUUCUUACGUCCUUCUAAACUACGCUGCUAUGGUUUAGAUGUAAUAACUUAGUCUGAAAAGUAGUUAUUUAUCAGUGAAACACUGGUUACAGGAACAGGAAUAUUCUGUGGCAAAGGCGAUGUUUCCCUGUGAUGUUCUUCUACCAGUUCUUCUUGACUCAUGAGGUGACACCGAGAAGGUGAAGCUGACAACUGACAUUUCCUCUGGCAGCUGCUGGCUACCAAACAGAAAAAGUAAACUGUGCUGUACACGGACACAAAUGGUGAAGCAAAAGCUAUGUUCAAAAAUUUCCCGAAAUAUUUAGCAAGGCUUUCUUGAUAUCCUUUCAAAUUUCAACUGGCAGCUAACCGGACGCUUAUUUUUUAAUGUUUGUUAUGUCUUGCCACGUUAUAUAGUUUGUGAAGUGUAAAGUAAAAAAGUGCAAGAGUAAAACAUUUCUUAAUCACCUUUUUAGUCCCUUGCACGUGUGUGUUAAACUGAAUGGGGUUUUUACUUUGUGAAAAUAACACUGAAGGGGAAAUGCGUAGCAAACUCGAGCUUAAAAACAUCCCAUUUUAUAGAUUUGGCACUUUUUAGCUCCCCCCCCCCCCCCAAUUAAACUCUCUAAAAUUUUGGUGCUGAACUCGUCUCAUGAGAUCCAAGCAAGUUUAUUUACUUAAAACGCUGACAAUUGAUACUUACAAAUGAAUAACUGCAUCCUGACAGGGUACAGUUGAUUCCUGUAUUUUUGCGCAGAGCUCCCCUUGCAAUGAGAGGGCACUUGAUCUGUAAUUGUGGGGCAUUUUUAUACUUAAUGUAUGCUUUUCUUGCAGUUCUUCAUUGGAAUGAUGAAGCUGCCUUUUUUACUUAGUGUGAAUCUGUCUUGUUUUGAGUAUUUCCCAGUGGAUGACCAUUUUCUUCUUCUAAACAUCCAAUCUUUAAAUAAUUGCACAAGUUUUUCAGCUGUUUUCUUUUUGGUUGCUUAAGCCAAGCUGGGAAAUCCUCAACAGUGAUAUCCGAGAGGUGAUGAUCGGCAACUUGAUUCCUUCAUGGAGGAUUUGCAGGGUUUUUUUUCUGGAGAGAAAUGGUAAUAGCUCUCAAAACAGUCAUACAGUUAGCUGUACUUGCAUUGCCUUUCCUUGCCAGCAAAUCCCAGAGUGAUGUUUGCUGUUCUGUGUGUUGCUCAAACGUUGCUGCCUUCCAAAAGUAAAUGGUUUCAGCUUAUAUAAUAGGAAGAGUGUGAAAAGGAAAUAUUUACACUACGAAGAGUCCGUAGCUUUACUUACUUGCAGACUUCUUCAAGCCUUCACCUGUUGUUUAACUUGUCAAAACAUAAACUGUUCAGAGGAGCCUUUGGAUUAUGUAUUUUCUGGAGAUAACUUUCACUCUGUGUUUCCACAGAUUUAAAUUCUCCUUUGAUUUUUGGGGGGUGUCUGUUUCAAAACAACAAGGGGUUGUAGGCUUGAGGAAAAAAAAUUGCCAAUUUGCUGUUCCUUUCAUCUGCUGCUUGGGAUUCUGCGCUGGGUUAGGUUUGAGUGUUUCAUCCCAUUUACGUUUGUUAAGUCUUUAAGAGGGGGAUGCAUGAGGAAAGCAUUUUGUUAAUUUGUUAAUUGCCAAGGGGCCAUAUUGGUUGGCAGCACCUCUCCGGACAAGCAGCCGCUGUUAAAAGUCCUCGUGAAAGAGUGUUGUAAAAACACAGCUUUGGGUUACAGGCCAAACCGCCUGUUCGGAAACUGAUACCAAAAAUCUUGUUUUUCUUACCAAUAGAAACUGAAGUUGUUUUCUUCUGCGGGGGGGAGAAGGCAUUUGGUGCAGUUGUGUGGGCCAUACUGGGCUGUGACCAGAACCUCUGCUGUCUUUGAGUAAAAAUAACCUGCUUUCCUGGAGGAAAAGGUGGUAAUUAAAUUAUGGUAAUUCUUCUCACUUGGCGUUCAUUCUCAGAUGGUUUCACAUGGAUGCAACCUUUCAGCUCUCAUUUAUUCUAUUUCAGAGCUUUGGUGAAUGCUUUAAGCUUUCUGUGCAUUUGAUUGCCUGCUUCACUUUUUACGUUUUGGUUUGUUUUGUUUUUUUUAAAUCAGUUUUGGCUUAAAAGAGCAGGGUCUGGCGUUUUGCUCCCCCAUAUCCUUUGUGUGUGUGGUCUUGUCCCUUUCUUGGGGGAUCUGAAGUUGAGAGGUCUGUUAUUCUGGUUUUCAUACAGGAAGGAUUUCCUCCGGCGGCACAGCUCCUGCCGGGAGAGCUGGGGCGGAGGUUUGUGUCUAGCGUGUUAUUUUUUCUCGUCUGCUGUAUCUGCUGGAACCUAAUUAAUGCGUCUCUAAGACGACGAUGAAAGGCAGUGACAGAACUCGCAGAUCCUUUCAAGUACAGAUAAAAGCUGUAUUUUGCCAUUUUCAGUCUGAUCUCCAGGAAGUUAUGACAUAACGAUCAAAAGAACCUUUUUUGUUUCGGUUUUCCCUUUUCCUGGCUUGUUGUGAAUAAGAAGAAUGUGAGUAAUUAACAUAAUUUAAUUCUAAUAGCAUAGCUUGCAGGUUGAUGUGGAGAUAAGGCAAGGCUGUGUAACUAAAACACUUCCCAAUCAACAAUGCUUGGGGUUUAUUUUUUUCUUUAGCAAUAAAACGUGCAGCCUCCUGUUAGACUCUUGCUAUGCCGCACGCUGGGGAGGGGAAGCUGUUCCUCCUGUUUGUGAGGGGAGGAUGCACUUCAGUAGCUUUCAGACAACAUGGAAAUCGAGACUUUUUAAAAUUUGCACAUGCUUUGCAGACUAAUCCCAGAGUACAAUGUGAAUUUCUUGAAGAUGCCUGCACUGUAUACAUUCCAGGACCAGAAGAAAUUAAUUUGCCUGGUACGAUUUUGGUAGAGAGACACUCUAUCCUGCUCCCAUCCAGAUAAGUUUUCCUGGACUUAUCCCAGGGUGAGAGAGAAUAAUUUCCUGGAGCUCCUGUUGUCUUAAUUUUAAAACAUACCUACCUGUGGUUAAAUUAUGAUACUAAAGAAUAACUGAAGCUAUUUAGCUAAUUUAUCCUCACUGUGCUGUUCUGUUUGAAAUAAAGUAUUUAUAAAUAAGGAGAAGAGGAUCCUGCUUGAAGUUACGUGUGUUGCUCUCUUGCUUUUUAUGCCAAUACAUACAUAGGUGAAGAAACCCGACAGCCGGGUGGAGGUCUUCUGCGUAACAUCGUUGUAGUGGUACGCAUGGUGGCUGUGCCAAAUGCAGUAGGAAAUUAUGGGAAAGUAACAUACAACAUUAUUGUUCAUAGAUCACUGUUUGUAUACAUAAUGAUGUGGGUUACACCUGUAGCAGAUUUUGUAUGUCAAUACAAGGACUACUGCUUACAUUUUUAAAAUGCACCAAAGUAAUCCAGCCACACUUUGUGGCACACGAUGUACUCCAAGUGAAGUUGUUUUUAAAUAAAGGCGGAUAAUCGGUUGUGA